AUGGCUUCUAAUCCCCCAGGUCCAUGCUGCUUUAAAGGAUUUUACCAUACCGGUGAACCAAAAGGUCACCAUAAGGAUAUGUAUGGAAUGGAGACAUACGUCAGUGGCAAUGGAAAAACGGACAAAGUUCUCGUUAUUAUAACUGAUGUAUUCGGGAAUAAAUUGAACAAUACAUUGUUGGUUGCAGACCAGUUGGCUGAUGCGGGCUACCAAGUGUAUAUUCCUGAUAUUCUUUUUGGUGACUGCCUUGAGAAGUUGGACAACACUGUUAACUUCCAGGAAUGGAUGACUAAACACAACAAAGUUGCUACCAAAAGUGUGGUUGACAAAUUCAUGGAGAAUUUGAGAAAGGAAUUCUCUCCUAAAUUUGUUGGUGUAAUUGGCUACUGUUUCGGUGCCAAAUAUGCCGUCCAACAAGUGCACAAGACUGAUGGUCAUGCGGAUGUUUGUGCUAUUGCACAUCCUUCUUUUGUCGAAAUUGAAGAAGUUGAGGCAAUUGGAAAAAAUAAGCCCAUUCUGAUAUCUGCAGCGGAAAGCGAUGUAACGUUUUCGGCUGAGUUAAGGCACUUGACUGAAGCUUCGCUUUCAAAAUUGGGCAUGAGGUAUCAAAUCGAUUUGUUUUCUGGGGUAGAACAUGGUUUUGCUGUGAGAGGUGAUACAAGUAAUCCAGUAGUAAAAUAUGCAAAGGAGAAAGUGUUGUCGGAUCAAGUAUACUGGUUCAACACUUUCUCGAGGGAUAUUUGA